AUGGAUUACAAUACACAGAAGAGUUGGGAAGAAGAAACCAAAAAGGACAAGGAAAAUCGACCUACGUUGGAGAACUUUCUGACUUUUUUCAAUGAGCAAGUACGAACGCUUGAGAUAAUUGACAAGACCAAGGGAAAGUCGGAAGCAUCAAAGACGCCAGCAGGGAAAAAACAAGAAAAAAAAGUAGCUUUGGCAACCACCUCUCAAGAAGGUUGUGUCCUCUGCAGCAAGAAUCAUCAGUUAUACCGAUGCCCGGAUUUUCUGCAGCUAUCGAGUGCUGACCGAUUAAAGGAGGUGAAAGCGAAGAAAUUGUGUAUGAACUGCUUAAGCAAAGGACACUUUUCCGCGGCUUGCAAAUCUUCAGCAUGCCGGAGGUGCCAGAAGAAGCACAAUACCCUGUUGCAUCCAGAGCAAGAAGAGAAGACUGCAACCGAUAAGAAGUCAGAAGAGGACGCGUCCAAGAAGGCAGUGGUAAUGCACGGCACUCAAGAAACCUUGCAAGAUACUGAAGAGUCAUCUUCUGUAAUCAACCUUGGAAGAAAACCCACGUCGUGCGUGGUGCUGUCAACGGCCCGAGUUAUAGUCCAUGACGUCAAUGAAGGCCAGCACAAAUGCCGUGCACUUCUAGAUGCAGGGUCGCAAUCCAAUUUGAUCACCCAGGAACUCGUCGACAGGCUCAGAUUGAAAUGUAAAAGGAGAGACGAAGUCAUCAGUGGGAUCAACCGAUCACAAACCAAUGUCGGUAAAACAGUAGGAGUAAAAAUCCGAUCGAUGAACGCGGAUUAUGAGGUAGCCAUAGAAUGUCUCGUGCUGCCUGCCAUUACUGAAAGACUUCCUCAAGUCAAAAUCAAUACUAAACUGAUUUGCUUGCCGGAGGGUUUGAGCCUAGCAGAUCCUGAUUUCCACACGCCAGGAACAGUGGAUAUUCUAAUAGGAGCAGGACUUUUCUGGCAAUUAAUCUGCAAGGAUUAUAUUCAAAGACCAAAGGGAAUACCCAGAUUACAACGUACGUUGCUAGGAUGGAUUGUAGGAGGGGAGCUUCUCGACGCCAGCUCGGAAACUCCAAGAAGCUUCUGCGGUCUCAUCACAAAUGCGCAACUCCAAGCGCAGUUAGAACGCUUUUGGAAGCAAGAGGAGACGCUCGAAAAACGGAGUCUCACCCAAGAAGAGAUUGAGUGUGAACGGCAGUUCCAUGAGUCGGUCAAGCGAGAUGAAACUGGUAGGUUCAUCGUAACACUUCCGAAGAAACCCGGAGUGAAACUCGGCGAUCCAGGGAAUCAAGCAUUGCAGCGAUUAUAUUCCCUAGAAAGAAGAUUCAGAGGAGAUCCAGCAUUGAAGAAUGCGUAUGUUCAAUUCAUGGAAGACUAUGAAACUCAAGGCCACAUGUCGUUAAUGGGACCAGGCCCAGAUACGAGCACAAAGGUAGAGCAAUCGUACAUACUUCCGCAUCAUCCGGUGAUUAAACCGGACAGCACCACAACUAAGUUACGUGUUGUUUCAACGCCUCAGCGAAGACAUCGUUGGGAACAUCGUUAA